AUGGCCGACAGAGCAAUGGAUGUUAUAUCAGAAGUUUCCAGGCGAUACAAUGUUGUUUUGAAGGACAAACAAGUGGAAGCUAUUUAUAGUUUUAUGAAUGGGUGUGAUGUAUUUGUUGCACUACCUACUGGUUAUGGGAAGUCUCUAAUAUAUGCUUUCUUGCCUAGUGUUUUUGAUCUUUAUAAAGGACAAGAAGGUAGUAUUGUUAUUUGUAUUAGCCCCCUUGUGUCUCUAAUGAUGGAUCAGAAGUCCAAGUUCACUCAUCAAGGCAUAAAAGCAGUGUUUGUAGGUGAAGAGCAGACUGAUGAAGAUGCAAUACGAUCUGUACUUACUGGUAAAGUUCAGUUAGUCUACAUUAGUCCUGAAAAUAUAAUGUGCAACCCAUUGUUUCGAAAUAUGAUUUUAUCGCCAUUAUAUAAAGAAAAGUUGGUUGCCUUAGUAGUUGAUGAAGCCCAUUGUGUUAAAACUUGGGGAGACAAAUUUCGGCUAGCAUAUGGUCAUCUUGGUGACAUCAGAAGCCUUCUUUCAUCGAAUGUCAAUAUCAUGGCACUGACUGCCACUGCUACAAACGAAACAUAUAAAGCUGUAUGCAAACGGUUGUCAUUAAACACACCUAAACUAAUAGGUUUCCAGCCAAAUCGAUCUAAUAUUGUAUAUGAAGUAAAGCCAAUGAUUGACUUGGAUAACUUUUGUCAAGAUAUUGCUCGUGAACUUAAGUCUCUUGCGUUGGAAUAUCCUAAAACUGUUAUAUUUGUGCAACGGUACUCAGAUUGUUCUGCUAUAUAUCAUACCCUUCGAAAGAAUUUAGGUCCUCACAUCACCUUUCCACCAUACUAUCCUAUUUGGCAAGAGUAUUUACUGGUUGAUAUGUAUACUCGAGCAUCUACCAUAAGUAAGAAAGAGAAAGUCUUGGAAGCAUUUUGUAAUCCUAAAGGAACUGUUCGUGUCAUUGUUGCCACUACUGCUUUUGGAAUGGGAGUAGACUGUUCAGACAUUCGUGUAGUCAUUCAUUGGGGUCCUCCAUCCAGCCUUGAGGAGUAUGUCCAAGAAACUGGACGAGCUGGUCGUGACAACCAACUUUGUAGUUUAUUAAAAGUAAAGCAGCCUCCUUGGCAUAGUUUCGAUGAUUUGUUUGCCGAAAAAUAA